AUGACAGCAAUACAAGAAGAGGUGGAUAAACUGCUGGCGGCAGGUUUUAUUGAGCCAUGUGACUACCCUGAAUGGUUGGCAAACGUAGUAAUGGUAAAAAAGUCAAGUGGGUCAUGGAGAAUGUGCGUAGAUUUCACCAACCUUAACAGAGCAUGUCCGAAAGAUUUCUACCCAUUACCACGGAUUGAUAGGCUGGUAGACUCCACUAGCGGCCAUGCAAUGCUCAGUUUCCUAGAUGCUUUCUCAGGGUAUCAUCAGGUCAGCCUGCAUAAAUCAGACAGGAAGAAGGCGGCCUUUAUCACGGAUGCAGGAGUUUUCUGUUAUAAGGCGAUGCCAUUCGGGUUGAAAAAUGCAGGGGCAACGUAUCAAAGGCUGGUCGACAAGGUGUUUGCCGUCCAAAAAGGCAGAAACGUGGAGGUCUAUGUAGAUGACUCUAUCGUAAAAAGCCGGAAGGAGGAGGAUCAUGUUAGCGACCUCCGAGAAACUUUUGAAACUUUGAGAAAAUACAGGAUGAAAUUAAACCCAAAAAAAUGCGUCUUCGGAGUAAGGUCGGGAAAAUUCCUGGGUUUCUUGGUCAGCGAGCGUGGCAUAGACGCUAACCCUGAAAAAGUAGAAGCAAUCAUCAGUCUGCCGCAACCCAAAAGCGUAAAAGACAUACAGCGGUUGACAGGAAAAAUGGCCGCCUUAAACAGAUUUGUGAGCAAGUCGGCAGAUAAGCAAAUGCCCUUCUUCACAACCUUGAGGCAAAACAAGAAGUUCAAAUGGGGGCCGGCAGAGCAAGAGGCUUUUGAAGCUCUAAAAAGUCACCUAAAGAACCUGCCAACAAUAGCAAGGGCAAAAGAGGGCGGCAAAUUACAAUUGUACAUAUCGGCGUCGCCAAAAAUAGUUGCAGCAGUACUGGUAGCCGAAACAGAAAACAAAGGGCAGCAGCCGGUAUAUUUUGUGAGCCAUGUGCUAAACGGCCCAGAAACAAGAUACACGUUGGUGGAAAAAAUGGCAUAUGCAGUCCUCAUCGCGGCUAGAAAGUUAAGACCAUACUUUGAUGCGCAUACAAUCGAAGUGCUAACAAACUUUCCUCUCGAAAAAGCCAUCAGCAAGCUAGAUACAUCAGGCCGGUUGCUAAAAUGGGCAAUAGAGUUGUCCGAGUUUGACUUGGAAUUCCGGCCAAGAACUUCAAUCAAAGCUCAGGCAUUGGCGGACUUCAUAGUUGAAGCAUCAUACCAAGAAGAUGAAGUACAAGCUGAAGUAUGGGAUGUGUCAGUGGAUGGUUCAGCUGCACAGACAGGCAGUGGGGCUGGAAUAAUCAUGAAAUCGCCAACAGGAGACAUUUUUGAGUAUGCUAUAAAGUUUAUGUUCAACGCGUCAAAUAACGAGGCAGAAUACGAGGCAGCAAUUGCCGGCAUUCAAAUGUGCCUCGCAGCAGAUGCCAAAAGAGUAAUACUGACAACAGACUCCCAGCUGGUAGCAAGUCAAUUCAGCGGAGAAUAUGAGGCCAAAGAACCUUCAAUGGUCAAAUACCUGGAGAAGUUGAGGUCGGUGUCGGCUCAGCUAGAGAAAUUCAGCAUUAAUCUGGUACCCCGAGCAGAAAACACACUGGCAGACGCACUAUCAAAGUUAGCAAGUUCAAAUGUCGCCGACUUGAAAAGAACAGUCAUGAUGGAAGUCAUGAAUAAGCGAAGUACGGAGUCGGAGGUAAUACGGGUCAUGGCCAUCACAACUACCUCAGAAUGGUACGAUAAUAUCCAAACAUACAUACAGACUGGAGCCCUACCAGCAGAUUUGGCAGAAGCCAAAAAGACAAAAAGGGACUCGGUUUGGUACAUCAUCCUGUGGGGACGGUUGUACAAAAAGUCAUUUAGCCUGCCAUUCUUAAGGUGCCUGACAGCAUUCGAGUCAGCAAGGCUGAUCGAAGAGAUGCACGAAGGAACAUGUGGGAACCAUGCCGGUGGAAAACCCCUUGCCAUCAUCUGUCAAAGGCAAGGCUAUUACUGGCCAACAAUGUUAGAAGAUUGUCGAGCUUAUGUAAAAAAGUGCGAGAAAUGUCAAAAGUUUUCAGCUGUGAUAAACUUGUUAGCCAAUGAUUUGAUGCCCAUUCUGAACCCAAUCCCAUUCGCACAAUGGGGAAUGGAUAUUGUUGGACCAUUCCCAAUGGCGGCUGGAGGGCGCAAGUUCUUAAUACUAGCAGUGGACUACUUCACCAAGUGGAUAGAAGCAGAGUCGGUAGCAAAAAUAACGGCAAACCAGGUGAAAAUAGUAAAGUUAGCUCACUCGUCAGUAUGUCACCCACAGAGCAAUGGGCAAGCAGAGGCGGCGAGUAAGCAAAUCCUGGCUGCACUGAAAAAGAAGCUAGAAGACUGUAAAGGCAAAUGGGCAGAUCUUAUGCCAGAAAUUCUGUGGUGCAACAGAACUGCUAUCAAGGAGGCUACCGGCGAGAGCCCAUUUAAGUUAAGCUUCGGGUCUGAGGCUGUCAUACCGGCAGAAAUGGCUCUGCCAACCAUGCGAAUCCAGCAUUACGAUGAGGAGAGAAACGAUCAGCUGCUGCGACAUCAGUUGGAUUUCAUGCCAGAAAUCCGCAUGAAAGCAGAAAUCAGUUCGGCAGCAUACAAAAGCAGAAUGAGCAGAGCAUACAACAAGAAAGUGAAACACCGGCCUCUAGGAGUAGGAGACCUGGUACUGCGGAGAACGGCGGCAACAGGAAAAGGAAAUGCUCAAGGAAAGCUGACAGCCAAUUGGGAAGGACCAUACCAGAUAUGGGAGGAAAUUGUUCCUGGAUCAUACCGGUUAAUGCAAAUGGAUGGUACCGCGCUCAAGAACUCCUGGAACGCCAGUACUCUUAGAAAGUACUAUGUUUGA